GGAGGGGGGACGCGCCCUCUCCCCCCCAGGAGGCCGCGGGUGGUUCCUCCCGGCGCCGCCAUGUUGGGGGGGGCGGGAUUUGGGAGCAAUUUAAUGGAUUUUUUUUCCUAAUUAAUCAAUGUUUGGAUGCCCAGAGGGCUCCUGCCGGGUCGUAGCCGCUCUAGGAUUUACGGGAGCCGGGAUAUAAGGAGCGGGAGCGGGAGCGGAGGCUCACAUUCCCGGAGCUCCCGCCAUGAAGCUGCUCCUGCUCCUCUCCCUGGUGGUCCUGGCCCAGGGCCUGGGGACCAGGGUGCCCCUGAGGAAGAUGAAGUCGCUGCGGGAGAGGCUGCGGGAGCAGGGAUUGCUGGAGAGUUUCCUGGAGAAGAAUCCCUAUAACCUGGCUGCCAAGUACCUCCCUGGGAUCGCUGUGGAGCCCCUGCAGAACUACAUGGAUGACGAGUACUUCGGCACCAUCUCCAUCGGGACUCCAGCCCAGGAAUUCACCGUCGUCUUUGACACCGGCUCUUCCAACCUUUGGGUUCCCUCCGUCUUCUGCUCCAGCCCGGCCUGCAGGAACCACAACCGCUUCAAUCCUGCGGAUUCCUCCACCUUCCUGAGCACCAACGACACCCUGUUCAUCGCCUACGGCACGGGAAGCAUGUCCGGAGUCCUGGGAUACGACACCGUCAACGUCGCCGGGAUCAACGUCCGGAACCAGAUUUUCGGGCUGGCGGAGACGGAGCCGGGGGAUUUCUUCUACUACACCCCCUUCGAUGGAAUCCUGGGAUUGGCAUUCCCGAGCAUCGCCUCCUCUGGAGCCACCCCGGUCUUCGACAACAUGAUGAUGGAAAGGCUCGUGGAUCGGGAUCUCUUCUCCGUCUACCUGAGCAGGGACGGCCAAGCCGGAAGCUUUGUCCUGUUCGGCGCCAUCGAUCCCUUUUACACCGCCAAAGGAAUCUCCUGGAUCCCGCUCUCCGCCGAGACCUACUGGCAGAUCACCAUGGACAGCGUCUCCAUCAAGGGGGCGGCGGCGGCCUGUUCCUCGGGAUGCCAGGCCAUCGUGGAUACGGGAACAUCCCUGCUGGCCAUGCCCGUCCGAGCCUUCCGCAUCGUCAUGAGCGCCCUGGGCGCCCGCUCCAACGGCGAGAUCAGCUGCCAGGCUGCCAGAAAACUGCCCGACCUCGUGUUCCAUAUCCACGGCCAAGCAUUCCCGGUGCCGGCCAGAGCCUACGUGAUACAGAGCGACGGGGUCUGCAGCCUGGGAUUCCAAGGCAUGGAUGCCCCCACGGAGGAGGGCGAGCUCUGGAUCCUUGGGGACGUGUUUAUCCGGGAAUACUACGUCGUCUUCGACAGGGCCAACAACAAGGUGGGGCUGUCCCGGCUGCCCUGAGCCGGGAUGGGGGAUCCCGGCGGUUCCCGGCUUGGGGGCUGGCAGGGGUGUCCCUUUUCCCGCCGUUCCCGGCCCCUCCUGCCGCUCCCGAGGACAAUAAAGGUGUGGAGAAGCCUCCCUGUGCCGCGUGUCUCUGGGAAGGGCGGGGCAUUCCUGGGAAUGGGGCGUGUCCCUGGACACCGGUGGGUGUCACCCUCACCUGCAUCCCUGCGGACCUUUGUCCAUGGAGACUCUCAUCCGUGUGGAUCCUCAUCCCUGGGGACCUCCCGGCCCUCAGGACCCUUCUCCCUGAGCACCCUCGUCCCCGGGGUCUUCCCAGCCUUGGGGAUCCUCAUCCCUGGGGAUCCUGGCAGGAUAUGUCCUCCCUGUCCCCAAACUCCAACCCCAGCACUUCCCUCCUCAUCCCGCAGAGGCCGCUCAUCCCAAAAUUCCCGCUGAGGACAAGCCCCGGGCUCCGCGUGUUCCCCAAGCAGGAGUGACAGGGAAUAAAUACCAGGAUGAGUUUAUUGGCGAGGGGGGACAGUCGCCCCCCCUUCCCCAGGGGCCUGAUCCUGCAGACCC